GGGAGGGAGGCGAGUACUCGGCGGCGGCGAGCGCGCUCAGCCUCAUUCCGAGUAGCGCGCUCACGACGGUCACACGCGCCCACGUGCCUGCCGCCCUCCACGAUUAGAAACGAAGACUGGAUUGAAAGUUGUAAAUAGUACCCGAGAAUCAUGAUGAGAAGGUCACUCUACCUCAUGGCGUUGUUCGCACUCGCGGGGGUGCACGCGGCCCCUGCCCCGGAACCGAACCCCCAGCCCGACCCUGCGGACGACAAGCCGGAGAUCAUAGAGAUCAUCGCCCCCGCCGCCAGCGCACAGGAGACCCUCGCAACCCUGAACCUGGGCGCCCCCGGCUCCGAGCUCAGUGAGAGGAACAAGCGCACCAUCGGCAUCCUGCGGCAACUAUUCCCCUCCCUCACGCAGAUAAUCGAUCAGAAAGUACAGCAAAUAACGAGUUUCGUGCUCCAAACAUUCGGGCCGCUAUUCCUGAGAGCGUUCCUAGGAGGGAACCGGAGCGCCGGGAACACGGGCGGCGGCAGCGGGACCGUCGACCUGGACGAUGACGAUGACGAUGAUGACGACGAUGACGAGGAGGCGGUCACCUCCACCACCACCACGACCACCACCACCACCACAACUACGAGCCCCACCACCACAACUACGAGCACCCCUACCACGACCGAAGAGCCUGCGUCGCGCAGGAAGCGGGCUCUGUUCUUCCUGCCGAACUCCAUAGCGGAAGAGAACCUGUUAUCUGGGGCGGAGUCCCAGCAAGCAGAGGUUCGCGUUGCGUUCGGCGAGAGCGGCAGCCAGCCGGGCGCCGCCGGUGCGGACCAGCAGGGCGCCGCGAGCGAGGACCAGCAGACCGCCGCGCAGACCAACAGCGCCAGCAUCGACGAGAUCACUCUCGACGACGCCGACGGCAGCGAGGAGAAUAGGAACAAGAGGUUCUUGUCGUUCGGAGGGGCAGGUGGCGCCUCUGGCGGCGGCUCCGGCAACUUCUUAUUCGACAUCGUCAGGCUGGUAGCGGGCUCGUCGUCUGGCGCGAGCGGCGGUGAGGCGGCCGCCGAAGGAGACGACGGGAGCGCCGCCAAGGGAGACAACCUCACCGAGGGGGUGCCCGGGCCCAUCACGAGACUCUUCAUCAUCGCCAACCGCGGCAUCGCCAACCUCAUCCAGGACCUCAUCCUGCGCAUCGCGCAAACCUCUGAGAGGAUAGUCAACUUCAAGGCGCGACUCAUCACCUCCAUCAUUUAAUGUGUUUAGAACAUUGUAGUUAGUUAGUUAGUGGCUGGUGGGAGCGUCAGCGGACUCGUCCCGGUGGAGGUGUCGGCGGGUGUGAACGCACCCGUGCGCAGUAUCAACUCUAACAGAACAUCAAGUCGCACUUCUCCUACUCGAUGUCGAUGUCGAUGUCGAUGUACAAUUGGCAGUCGUCACCUGUCAUUGUGGCUGAGCUAUUUUGUUCCUAAAGUAGUUGACAGCUUCUUUUGUUUUUAAACGUUUUAAAUGACCUGGGUGCUAAUUAUGAACUAUGUACACUGCGCAAUUGUGCACUGUGCACUGUGCACUGUGCGAAAAACUGAUGUGAAUUCUGAAAGGAGCUGCAUAUUGGACUAAAACGUAGUUUAUUAAUAACUUGAAAUUCAUUUGUUUACUACUGUAUUGAACAUUUUGUAAUUAUUUCCGCUUUUAAAGAGGUAUUGCCUUAUAUUUGUGUCGAAUGUUAGACAAGCCGCUGGGAGGCUGGUAGGCGCACACCCCCUGUUUACUAGAGGCGGUUCCACUGACGUGCGUGUGUUAUCAUUAAUGUAUUAUACUCGUAGUCGGACAAUGCACUGCCAACGCACAAAAUAAAAUCAACUCGCUUCAUCCAUAUUUAUUCUAUUUAUACACAGCAGUAACUACGAGACAGUGUUCACGUCAUUUAACUUUAAAGUUUCAAAAUAAAUCUGGCAGUACAUUGCUCGGGUAAUCCACUUGUGUAGUGAGAACAGCGCUCGGCCGGGCUCGGCCACGCUCGGCCGCGCUCGGGAGCGCUCGGCGCUCGGCGCUCGGCGCGAUUUGUGCUCAAGCUUUUUAUACCGUGACAAAUAUUUUUGAUUCGUUUUU